AUGUAUAAUCAUGAACAAGAAAUAAGUGAUAGCGACUCUGAAUUUAGUGAAGAUGAGCUUGAAGUUGAUGAGGAAUCAGAUCCUCAAAAUAAUUUAUCUGUGAUACUAGCAGUUAAUACUGUUAGAAAUCGGGGGCAAAGCAGAGGACGACCACGCGGAUCAAGAGCUAAUCGUGGUGGUAGAUCUAGUCAACAAAUUAGUCUACCAAACCCACAAGAGUUUAUUUUUUUACAGCACAGACUUCCUUUUCGUGAAAGAGGGUAUCCAAUUCUUCCUGGCCAUUUACAGCAGCUUGAAAUAGUAACCCCUUUAAUAAUUGGUGUAUGUGGAACAGUUCGCACAAACUCUGCUAAGUUUUCAAAAGAAUUAAAGAUUCAGAAUUUAAAAUCUUUUAAAUGGGAUACACUUUCGGGUAUAGUUGUAAAUAAUAUGCUUGCAGUUCUUUGGAUUGACAAUGGACCA